CCUUCAUCAAAGCCAGUCAUUUGCGCAGCCGGAGAGUUAGGUUUCCACGAAAAUGGUGAAAUUUCUGAAGCCAAACAAAGCAGUGCUCCUACUUCAGGGGCGGUUUGCCGGAAGGAAGGCUGUAAUCGUGAAGGCCUUCGACGAAGGGACACGUGACCGGCCGUACGGGCACUGCUUGGUGGCCGGAAUAGCCAAGUACCCGAGCAAGGUGAUCCGGAAGGACUCGGCCAAGAAGACGGCCAAGAAGUCGAGGGUCAAGGCCUUCAUCAAGCUCGUCAACUACCAGCACGUGAUGCCCACGCGCUACAGCCUCGACGUCGACCUCAAGGAGGUGGCCACCGUCGACGCGUUGCACUCACGCGACAAGAAGGUCACGGCCGCCAAGGAGAUCAAGGCCAGAUUGGAGGACCGGUUCAAGAGUGGCAAGAACCGGUGGUUCUUUACCAAGCUUAGGUUUUGAGCAUUUUGGGUCUUUCUGUUUUCAAUUUUCUCGAAUUGGGUUUUCUUUGUUACUAUAGUGAGAGUUUUUGUUUGUUAUAUCACAGCAUUUUGUGUUCAAUGCAUUACUAAAAAUUUUGAGGAUCA